AACCAUUAAUACUUCCUCUACUCACGAGAAUAAACCUUAAAUGUGACGAGAAAAUCACCGUUAUUUCAGCUCUACUUUUAUAUUACGGUUACUUAUUAGCUUGAACUUUAGCUAUCCGCUCGCUAGCUAGCUGACUGUCAAGUGCUUUUAUUAAAAAUUGCGCCGUUGUUCUGCAUUUCGGCACACAGAGCGUUUCUGCGCCUUCUUUGUAAAUGCUGUUGGUGAGUAAAGCUGCCUGAAUUUGUCCCGCCUGGACACCCGGGAAAUGAACGCUGCCCUGCGCUUUGCAGCAGUGGCAGUCCCGAUGGGUGUCCUGCUGUCCCGCACCAUGGCGUGGAUGUCCAGCGGAAAAACGCACCCAGAGCUCAUCAGUAGACUAAGAGAUAACGGAGUAAUCCGGAGCGGCAGAGUAUUUGACGCCAUGCUGGCCACUGACAGAGGACUUUACUCCAGAGACUAUGCUUAUGCAGACUCUCCACAAACAAUAGGCUUCAGGGCAACCAUCAGCGCUCCACACAUGCAUGCUCAUGCUUUGGAGCUGCUGAGCGAUAAGCUGGUCGAAGGAGCGUCGGCACUGGAUGUAGGCUCAGGAAGUGGAUAUUUAACCGCCUGUUUUGCAAGAAUGACGGGACCCACUGGUAGAGUUGUUGGCAUCGAACACAUUGAAGAACUUGUUCAGGAGUCGAUAAAAAAUGUGCAAAAUGACGACCCAGAACUGCUGUCAUCUGGACGCAUUAGAUUCGUUGUUGGGGAUGGAAGACUUGGAUAUCCAGAUGGAGCGCCGUACGAUGCCAUCCAUGUUGGUGCAGCUGCAGCGACUGUUCCCAAAGCUCUGUUGGAGCAGCUGAAGCCAGGCGGGCGUCUGGUUCUUCCAGUCGGACCUGAAGGUGGCAGUCAGGUGCUGGAGCAGUACGACCGACAAAGCGACGGGACCUUCCUGAAGAGGGCGCUGAUGGGCGUUGUUUACGUCCCGCUAACCGACAAGAGGCGUCAGUGGCCGGGAGACGAACUCUGACUGCAGUGCUGCUGAACCUCCAGCAGGGGGCGGUGGAGCUGCAUCUCUGGGGAACCACAACAGUUCCUGUUAUUGACCUCCUGCUCCACUGGCACCGCAGCGGCACCGCUGUUCUCGCUUCGCCUGAACAGUUUGACUAACUUAAUAAAUGACUGAAUAACUGACCUGAGGUUUACUGGAUAACCUUAUUCUAGAGUUCUUGGACGAAGCAAAGCAGCGGCGAGGAUGAGAAAGAACUUUUUUUUAUAGGGAAGAAAACUGUAAUCUCUACACUGCAAAAACAAAAAGCAUUUAUAGUCUAGUUUCUAGAGUAAAUAUCUUAGUACACUUGAAAUGAGACAAAACAAUCUUUUAAUUAACAUUUAAGAGGUUUCUUUGCAUAAAUAAUUCCUUAAUAUUGAUUAAAAGGUGCUAAUUAUAAGUGAAACAAUCUGCCAGUUGAGCUAGUACUUUUAUCAUUAAUAUUAAGGAAUUAUUUACUUAAAACAAGCUGCUAAAGGUUGCUGAAAAGUUGUCUGUAAGUUAGUUCUGUAUAUGUAUUUGCACUAAAAAUUAGACCAAAAAUACUUGGUAAGAUUUUGUGUUUUUGCAGUGUAGAAAAGCAAUCAUUACCGAGCGUAAGCCAUUAUUCUGUAAUUAAAACACUUUAAUCCAUAUUUGGCAGACAGAAAGCUUCGUCUUCUAAGAACACAACGGUGUGCCAAACCUUGAGGGAUAUCUUUAACAACAGAAAUAUUGUAUAAAGUGUGUAAAUCUUGUUUCUUAAUAAAUCACAUUAGAAAAUUA